AUGCUCGCCGCCGCCGCCACGGCGGUGGCCGUCCCUCCCGCGGCUUCUUAUUGUUUUCUGGCAAAUAAUGCCAGGAAAUGUAGGAUUUCCUGGAGCUGUCGGGCGGCAAGAGUCGAGGCUGGGUACUCCCAAUUGGAGGUGAGAAAAGUCACCUAUCGACCUCCUGGAACUGAACAGAACUUGUUGAAAGAAAUUAACCUCUCUCUUCGGGAGAAAAGUUUUGGUUUGAUAUUUGGACGGAGUGGGAGUGGAAAGACCACCCUUUUGCAGCUUUUGGCUGGUCUAUCAGAACCUACCUCUGGGUCUAUUUGCAUUCAGAAGUAUGAUGAUGCUGGGAAUCCUAUUGGCUUGCCUGAACUGCUAACUUCUCAACGAGUUGGAAUUGUAUUUCAGUUUCCUGAGAGGUAUUUCUUAGCAGAUACUGUACUUGAAGAAGUUACUUUUGGAUGGCCUAGGCAAAAGGCGGACCUCCUAUUAAAAGAACAGCUCGCUUUAAAUCUUCAAAAUGCCUUUAACUCAGUUGGUCUGACAACCAUCUCAUUAGAUGAAGAUCCACAAGCUCUAAGUGGUGGAUUUAAGAGGCGACUUGCUUUAGCAAUUCAACUGGUUCAAACUCCUGAUCUGUUGCUGCUUGAUGAGCCACUUGCUGGUCUAGAUUGGAAGGCUCGGGCUGAUGUUGCGAAUCUCUUAAAGGACCUGAAGAAACACCAUACCAUACUGGUUGGAACUAUAUCCACUAGUGGAUUACUCAUGGCGAAUGGAAAUGGGGGGAAGUUUGAAGGAGGAAGCUUUGCCUGUGUAAACAUGUGCUUGUCGAUGGAGAAUCAGCAGAUGAAAAAUGCUAGAAAAAUUCAAUAG